ACCGUUGGGGCGAACCCUUGUUCAGACUAAAAAUGUCGCCUCUCCUCGGCAGUCUUCCAGGAAAAAAAUAAUCAGAGGAAAUUUGUUGUAUUUUGCGGUUGGCAGCCGAGCGGCAGCUGUCGGCGCAAGCGUGCGCAGCGGCGGGUGCCAGGCCAGUGGCACUGGUUCAGUUCGCCCGCGCCCGGGGCCUGGCCAGGUGCUCCGCUACGCCCUCGCGCUCGACUGUGGCGGCAGCGCUGCCGAGGCCCGCGCCCUCCCGCUGUGUGAGCGAGGAGCAGCAGCCCAGAGGCCCGAGGGGGUGAUGCCGCCACGCAGCCCGCCGCGGCCAGGGCUUUAGCCAGGACAGGAGCGGCGCCCCCGGGCCAGGCAGGCGCCCAUCCUGACGGCGCUGCUGCAGGACGCCUCGGCCCCGUCCCCCCGUCCCCCUGACCCGCCCCGCCCCGCCCCGCCAGGAAUGUUCCGCACGUGAAGCCCCGCGGCCCAGCGCAGCCCAGCACAGCUAGGCGGCGGCGCGUCCCCGCGGGGCCGCGGCGCCCGGCCGCCCCCGCCGCCGGCCCUCCCCGCCGCCCCGCUGCCCGCAGGCGAGAUGAGCUAAGCCGCCUUGGGCUGGGCCUCACGCACCCGGGGCACGGCAGGGCCGGGGCGGCGCCGCCCAGUAUUGACCCCUUGGCGCCAAGGCUCCUUCAGGAUCAGAGGCCGCCGCGCCCCGCCGCGGCAGGCGCAGGGUCUGCCGAGUCUCCAUGAAUUAGAAGCGCAGCGGAGUGCUGUAAACGGCGGCAGGAGGCUGGUGGGCGGGCCGGUGGCCGGCGCCGCGCCGCCACGCUGCGCCCCGCCGCGGGACAGCCCGGCAAGGUGAGGCCCCGCCAUUGAUUGCCGCCCACCGCCCGGGGCACCUGCCGACGGGCCGCCCCGGGGCUCAGGGGACUGUGCUCACGUGUACAUGUGUGCGUGUGCACUGCAUGAACGUGUGUGUGAACAGAAAAAUCGUUAAAAGUGGGAAAAGGAGACAAGAGGAAGUGAACCAGGGAAGCCAAUGUACUCUGCCACGGCUAUGGCCCGCCUGCAGCAAGGAGCCGCGGGAACUGACGGAGGCAACGACGAAGGUGCCAAAGGGAAGAAAGAUAACAAGGACAAGAGUGAAAACACCAAUUCACGCAACGCCAAUAGUGGGACUGUUGCCGGAGGAGGAGGAGGCGGAGGAGGAGGAGGAGGCGGUGGAGGAGUGACUGAAGGAGACGUAGGUGAAGGUACAGGAGGAGGAGGAGAAGGGAGCACUACCACUACCACUACAACUGCUGCUACCGCCGCCACCACCCCAACCACCGCGAUCAAAGGUAGCACAGCAGGGAGCGCCGCCCCGCGUGCGCCCCCAGCCACCGCCAACACCACGCUGGGGGGCGGGGGCUCGUCUCACGGGGGUGGUGCCGCCAACACCACCACCACCACCACCACCGCGGCGGCCACCACCACCGCCGGCAGCGUCGCCUCCGGGAACAACAACAACCAGCCGGCGCCCGCCAGGCCACGACGCUGCUGCUUCCUGUGGUGCUGCUGCUGCCGAUGCUCCUGUUUGAACACUAAGGGUGCGGAUGAGUCAAGAUUUAGAAGGCAGGAUAUGUACAACGAACCUCAGCCGACGAUAGAAGAGAUAAGAGCGUGGAGCGAAUCAUUUGAGAGGCUAAUGACCUGUGCAAGCGGGCGGAAAGCGUUUCGAGACUUCCUCAAGCUGGAGUUCUCAGAGGAAAACAUUCUCUUCUGGCUGGCGUGCGAAGACCUCAAGGUGGAGAACACGCCGGCUGUCAUCGAGGAGAAGGCGAGGAUAAUCUACGAGGACUACAUCUCCAUCCUGUCGCCGAAGGAGGUCUCGCUGGAUUCAAGAGUUCGAGAGAUCAUCAACCGCAACAUGGUGGACCCAACCCCGCACACCUUCGACGAGGCGCAGACCCAGAUCUACACGCUCAUGCACCGGGACUCCUAUCCGCGCUUCCUCAACUCCGCCAUUUACAAGCGACUCGCACAACUCAACAAUAACGGCAACAGCGGCACAAGUCGUACGGAGAGCGCGACAUAGGCCCCCUGUGUCUCCGUGUGUCCUCUAGUCCGCGUCUCCAAGGUGGGCGGAGGGACGCGUGCCAUGGUUCAAGAAUGGUGGCAGCAGUAGGAUUGACUGGAGCGCAUGAGUUAGUCUAGUCUCCGUCACUCUUCCAGGUGAUGAUACGAGGUCAACAGCUACCGCUACUGCUGCUGCUGCACGUGCUCUCUGCCCAGGGUCGUGUGUUCUGACCCCCUAAACAAUGGUAGCAGCAGGAGUCACGGUGUAGGGAGAGUGUGCAGUACAACCUCUCCCCUAUUUGAAGACGUGCUCUCUGAAAUCCUACAAUGGUGGAGCAAGUGUGGCUGUCUUCUAGGGGGGCGUGUGCUGCAUUAACUCUCACCCUCUUACAAACGGUGGCAGCGGUGGGAUACCAGAGGAGGAUGAAAUGUACUCCUCUCUCACGCUCCUCUCCUCCUCUCACAUGUGCUCCUCCUUGCGAUCUCACGAACCUUUACUCUAUCUAGUGUCUCCCUCUCUCCCUCCCUCUCUCUCUUUAGCUCUCUGUUCUUCUGCACUCUCACUAUUUCGUCGAUACAUGGGACCACUUGGUGAAGACUGAAGCUGGAGGCAGUGGGACGCAAUGACUGGGUGAUGGAGAGGUGGUCACAAUGGAAGUUAUUUAUAUACAUGCAUACAAUCCUCUAUAUAUACAUACCACUGAUCCAUAUUCAAGUGAGAGAGAGAGAGAGAGAGAGAGAGAGAGAGAGAGAGAGAGAGAGAGAGAGAGAGAGAGAAAGAGAGAGAAUGGGAUAACUCACUCGUUUCCUGUCUUCUCUUUCACCUCCAUUUCCCAUUCCUUUGCAUCUACCUCCAUCUUGAUCUUGAAACCACCUCCUUCUACCUCCUCCUCUUCCUCUUCCUCCUACUCCUCCUCCUCCUGCUGCUGCUGCUGCUGCUACAGAGACAGAUAGACAGACAGAGGGAUAAACUCAGUGUGACAAAGGCAAACAGAAAAGCUCAAGACAGUGAAGUGAAGAAGGCAGACAAAGGAAGCACGAGUGUUGGUGUGAGUGUAAACAUUAUGUACGUGGUUUCAACUGGACCAAAGAAAACCCCUAUAGAAUAAAACAUUACUCUAGUGUAGGCGUUCACGUGUCUCUUGCUGGUUUUUAUAAUUAUUUGUUUUAACAUUUUCCUCCCAUAAUCUUGACUGCGGAUUUAAACGGUGCAUGAAAGAGAGGUGAAACAAAUGCAACAACUGAAAACCUCAUGAAAACUUGUGAAUCUUUAGUCUAAAUGUAACAAAGGAAGAUAAAAUAAAAAAAAUAGAGAAGAUAGUAGAAUUGGAAAAAAAGAAAAACUGUAGCUUGCUAUUCUUGUAUGUGAAUGUAACAAAGGAAGGUCGAAGAUUGAAGAAAAACAGUGGAAUUAAGAAAAAAAAAAAGUAGCUAGUGAUUCUUAAACGUAAAAUUAACAUUGCCACACGGAAAAAAAAAAAUGUGAAUCUUGAAAAUGAACUAAAAACACCUGCAGUCUUGAAGCAAAAAAAAAAAAAAAAAAAAAAUACCAACACUAAUAAUAAUGAUGAUAUUGAUAUGUGAAAAAAAAAAAAACGAUAAAAUAUAGCAAGAUCUUAUCCCUCGCUGAAGAAAACAACAAAUGAGAAUAAAAAUAACAUAAAACAAACCAGUCUGCUGGAAAAUAACGAAAUAAAAUACCACGAGCGUACUAAACUAAUCGACAUCACACAAAGAAAGAAAGUGGGAAAAAUUAUGCAGUGCCACAUACAAAACAAAGUGCCAAGUGCCAGAAAUUGAAAUGUGUCCUUACGAUGAAUACGUGCAAUGAUCUGAAAUAUAAAUAUGUGCAAUUAGUAUACAAAAAAAAUGUGCAAUAUUAUAAAUUAUGAGGUUUCCAGGUGUCACGUGUAUAUAAAGCGUAGUGAUCAGGUGUGUACAGUGACGGAAGGGAUCAGAUGUAUAAAAAAAAAAAAAAAAAAAAAAGGACACGGUAAUAGAAAAUAAAUCGGAAAAAAAAAGUGUGGCGAAUCAGAAACAAAUGACGAUCGAAUAAAAAAAAGAAGGAAAAAAGAAAAAAAAGACGAAACAAAAAUACUAAAUCAAGAUAAAAAAAAAAAAAAAAAAAGAAGAAAGAUAGACAAAAUAUUUACCACCACCACCACCACCAAGGAACACAAAGAAAGAACAACCACCAGCAGACCCGUUUGUCCAAUCACGACCACCACCACCACCACGACCACCACGACCACCACCGAGGGAUAAACAAGAAGGCAAACAAAAAGCAAAUAAACUU